AUGGGCAACGCGCCCACUGCGGCCAGGAAGGGCAGCGAGAUGGAGAGCGUCAAGGAGUUCCUUGCUAAAGCCAAAGAGGACUUCCUCAAGAAGUGGGAGAGUCCUGCACAGAACACUGCUGGCCUGGAGCAGUUUGAGAGGUUGAAAACCCUGGGCACGGGCUCGUUUGGCCGCGUUAUGCUGGUGAAACACAAAGAAACGGAACAGCAUUAUGCCAUGAAGAUCCUAAACAAGCAGAAGGUGGUGAAGCUCAAACAGAUAGAGCACACUCUGAAUGAGAAGAGGAUUCUUCAGGCUGUCAGCUUUCCUUUUCUGGUGCGGUUAGACCACUCAUUCAAGGACAACACUAACCUCUACAUGGUGAUGGAAUAUGUGCCGGGUGGAGAGAUGUUCUCCCAUCUACGGAAAAUUGGCAGAUUUAGUGAGCCUCAUGCUCGGUUCUACGCUGCUCAGAUCGUCCUGACCUUUGAAUAUCUGCACGCUUUGGACCUGAUCUACAGAGACCUGAAACCUGAGAACCUGCUCAUAGACCAACAGGGCUACAUCCAGGUGACAGAUUUUGGCUUUGCCAAACGUGUAAAGGGCCGGACCUGGACAUUGUGUGGCACCCCAGAAUAUCUGGCCCCAGAGAUUAUUCUCAGCAAGGGGUAUAACAAGGCAGUGGACUGGUGGGCGCUGGGCGUGCUCGUUUAUGAGAUGGCAGCAGGAUACCCCCCCUUCUUUGCUGACCAGCCCAUUCAGAUCUAUGAAAAGAUCGUAUCAGGGAAGGUUCGUUUCCCAUCUCACUUCAGUUCAGACCUGAAGGACCUCCUGAGGAAUCUACUACAGGUUGAUCUCACAAAACGUUACGGGAACCUCAAGAACGGGGUCAACGACAUCAAGGGACACAAGUGGUUUGCGACCACCGACUGGAUCGCCAUCUUCCAGAAAAAGGUGGAAGCUCCCUUCGUCCCCAAGUUCAAAGGACCGGGCGACACCAGCAACUUCGACGACUACGAGGAGGAGGAGAUCCGGGUCUCCUUCAAUGAGAAAUGUUCUAAGGAGUUUGCUGAGUUCUAG